CUGGCGGUCUGGCUCCGGCUCAGUCCGCGGCCGGCGGAGCUGCGGAGCGGAGUGUGCGAGCGGGCGAGUCAUGCGGUCGCUGGUGCUGCUGCUCGCGCUGUGCUCGGCGGCGGCGGGCCAGGCCAGCCGCGCGUGCGAGCCCAUCCGCGUGGAGAUGUGCCGCGACCUGGGCUACAACGUGACGGGCAUGCCCAACCUGGCGGGCCACGAGCUGCAGGCGGACGCCGACUUCACGCUGCAGACCUUCUCGCCGCUGGUGCAGUACGGCUGCUCGGCGCAGCUUCACGUGUUCCUGUGCUCGGUGUACGUGCCCAUGUGCACGGAGAAGGUGCCCACGCCGAUCGGGCCGUGCCGCGGCCUGUGCGAGGCGGUGCGCGCGCGCUGCUACCCGGUGCUGCAAGGGUUCGGGUUCGCCUGGCCGGCGGCGCUCAACUGCUCCAAGUUCCCCGCGGAGAACAACCACCGCCACAUGUGCAUGGAGGGUCCCGGGGAGGGCGGCGCGGGGCGAGGUCCCGGGGUCUUGCCCGCCGUGGCGGCCGCCGCCCCUCCGCAGCUGGGCCCGCGCGCCCCCUGCUCGCAGUUCGCGCGCCCCGCGCUCUACGUGUUCGACAACCGCUCUGGCCGCUGCGCGCAGCUGUGCGAGGCGCACGUGCUGUUCGGGCCCGGCGACAAGCGGCUGGCCGAGGUGUGGCUGUCCGUGUGGGCGGGCGCGUGCUUCGUCUCGUCGGCGCUGGCCGUGCUGAGCUUCGCCGUGGACGGGUCCCGGCGGCGCUACCCGGAGCGGCCCUUGGCCUUCCUCGCGCUGUGCCACGCGCUGUGCAGCGCCGGCUGGGGGCUGCGAGCCGCCGCCGGCCGCUCCUCCGUGGCCUGCGCCCCCGACCCCGCCGCCCCCGGCCGCUGGCUGCUGGCGCAGGACGGCCUCAGCAACGCCAACUGCGCCGUCGUCUUCCUGCUGCUCUACUACUUCGGCACGGCCGCGUCUGUCUGGUGGGUGCUGGUGUGCCUGAGCUGGAUGCUGGCGGCGGGGCUGCGCUGGAGCCACGAGCGGGCCCAGAGGCACUCCACGCUGCUGCACCUGGCCGGCUGGGGGCUGCCCGCCGUGCAGACUGUCGCCGUGCUCGUGCUGCGCGACGUGGACGCCGACGAGCUCACAGGGGCGUGCUCGGUGGGGCGCCAGAACUCCCGCUCGCUGCUGCUGCUGGUGCUGCUGCCGCAGUGCUGCUACCUGGCGGCGGGCUGCGCCGUGCUGGUGGCGGGGGCGGCGCGCCACCGCCCCUCGCCGCAGCGCCGCCCCCAGGACGCGGCGGCGGCCACCACGCGCCUCGGCGUGCUCGCGGCGCUCUACUCGCUGCCGGCCUCCUGCGUCGUCGCCAGCCUCGCCUACGAGCUGUGGCUGCGCGACUCGUGGCUGCGGGGCGACGGCCGGCCGCGCCUCUGGGUCUUCCUGCUGCGCCUCUUCAUGUCCAUGGUGGCCGGCGUGACGGCGCUCGUGUGGGUGUGGUCGCCCAAGACGCUGCGCGCGUGGCGGGUCGCGCUGCGCAGCUUCGGGCCGUACCGCCCGGCGCCCGUCAAGUGCCUGCCCAUCCAGUACUACCCGCCGCAGCCGCUGCCGCUGCCGCGCGCGCGCAGGAAGAAGCGCCGCAGCAAGCACGGCAGCGAGACGACCGUGUGACGUCCUCCGCAGGUCCAUCUAGUGCUCUGGCUGGAUCACGCUGCGCUAUGGCAAGCGUGUCAUGAUUAUAACCAGUUAGCGGCCCAUUUUGUACUCGUACAUUGUCUUCAACUCGAGAUAAUCCAAAGACCACCGGGUGUUCACAGGUCCGUCUAGUGUUCUGGCAACAGUGUGCGAUCUUGGGCCAUCGUAGAGUCCUCUGUGUUUUUUAAAUCGUGAUUCUAACCAGUUUACGGGCCCAUUUUGGACUCGCACGUUGUCUUCAACUCAAGGUAAUCCAAAGACCACCGGGUGUUCACAGGUCCGUCUAGUGCUCUGGCCGAAUGACAAAACUUGACACGCUGCUCUUGGCAAGCAUGCCAGAAGCACCUCAAGAACAUUGGCAGACGGACAACAAUGUGCGUGCGAUCUUGGGGUCAUCGUCGAGUCUUCUAUGUUUUUAAAUCGUGAUUCUAACCAGUUUACGGGCCCAUUUUGGACUCGCACAUUGUCUUCAACUCUAAUCCAAAGAUCACCAAGUGUUCACAUGUUCGUCUAGUGCUCUGGCUGAAUGACAAACUUGACACACGGCUCUUGGCAGGCAUGCUGCGCUAGAAGCACCUCAAGAACACGGCAGACACAACAAUAUGCGAUAUCCUGAUUAUCUUCAGUUAUCUAUUUUUUUUCUUAUCAUGACCCUAACAAGUUUCGUGCCCGUUUUGGACUUGCAAAUUGUCUUUGAUUCAAGAUAGUCCAAAGACCACCGGGUGUUCAUGUGCUGGUCAAAUGACAAACCUGACACACUGUCCUUGGCAAAGCAUGCUGUGCAGGAAGCACCUCAAGGUCACAGAGAGACAACAGUAUGCGAUCUUUUGUUAUCUUCAGGUUAUCGAUUUAUUUUAUUAUGUUCCUGGCUCUUUUUUUGCCCAUUUUGAACUUGCACUCGGCUGUUCACAGGUACAUUGAGUGUUCUAGCUAACCAAACUAACACUGCUCCUGGCAAGCAUUUACAUGCUAGCGUAAUAAUGCUUGGAUCAGCCCUACAAUCAAUUAUAAUUGCAGUGUUAAACAAAAGCCCAUGAUGAAUCCUUCAGAUCUUUCAGGUGAAUCGUCACUCCGACUCUAGCACUGCUCUUGGAACACAUACUGUCAAGUAUGUGUGCAUACUAUAGUUGUACUAGUCAACAAAUCAUGAGCUGCCACUAUUUAAAUGAUGCACAAAAGUCAUCGUCUUCAACCAGGUCUAUAGCAGCGGGCAUAUUGAUCUGCUGUUGGUAUAUUCGUUGCUUGGAAGGGUCUGUAACGAUUACAUCGGCCCUGGGAUCGUCUUAGAAUCAUAGUAUUGCCCCUAGAUGCAGGGCAAGAGAAAGUCCAGUGGUGUAGUUGCCAUCUCGGCCAGUUUAUAUGUGGUUUUGCCACACAUUACAUUUAUUUUCUAUUUACACACCUGUUGAGAGACUGUAUAAUGUACCUUACAUGGUGGUACUAAAGAUUCACAUUUUUGGUCAAUGUGAUAUACUACUUCAGUGGAGUUUAUGGAGAAACAUGAUGUUCAUUAUUACUGGUAAAAUAUUCUUACCAUACCUAAAGUAUUUUCUUCCUGUCUGACUUUUCACUAACUUAGCAACUUAACAACCAUGGCCUUAUAUUUCCGCUUCUCUUAACAAGGUGAGAGGACUUGGUUGAGUAAUAACAUUUUAAUGAAACAGCCAAAGGUUGUAAAAAUGUUCGGGUAUCAAAGAAGUAAUUUUUUUUAUUUAUUCUGGGGCAUAUUUUAUUUUCCGCAUUGAUUUUGUCCGUAGCUCAGUAAAAACUACUGUUUAUAACCAUUGCAAGUAAACUAAUAAAACAUUUUAAAAUGUGUUCACUAAGCAAUGAGUAAAACUUUAAAAUUCUCCACUGAUAUAAACUUUCGUAAUGUUUUGCAAAAAAAAAAAGUUAAGUAUUAGAUUUUACAGUUACCUUCUAGUUCUUUUGUACAAUGUGAGGAAUGCGGGCUACAUUUGUCACACAGGAUAUGAAACAAUCCUAAUGAAAAGCUAUUUUAAAACUUACAUAUCGCUUAAACAUAAGCACAAAAACAAAAUUAAUAUUUCAGUGACUUUUCUCAUCAGGUACAAUAAAAUAUAACCAUGGUGCACUAUAAAUGAGUAUAUAAUUUAAUGUAGAUACAACUAUUAUUGUGAUUUUACACUCGACUGAAACAUUUGUUUUAAAAUUCAGUCUUAUUUGAAUAAUAUAAUUAACUCUUUAAAGCUGUUUUGAUAUCAUUUUUAUUUGUAUUUCAUGUCUUAUUUAAUAGUGUUAUUGUACAUUUUAUGUUAUAAGUCUGUCAUUUUUCUUGAUAGUUAAUAUCAAUAUUGAGUUGUCACAUUUCCAAUCCACCCAGGAUGAAUCCCUCUGUAAAUAUUAUAACACUGUAGCAUGGCUGUUGACAUUAACUUUGAGGUAAGGUCGCUAUAAAAUUUUAGUGAAAAGACCCCACAGAGUGAUGCAGUAAACAAAAACCAUGACAAGAAAAUUACAGAAUUUUAUUCACUAACUUUUUAAUGUGACCUUACUUCGAAAUUGAAGGUCAGUAGUCAUGCAUUUGUUGUUAAAUAUUUUCGGAGCCUGUUCUCAAACACUUGUUGAUAACCAUGGAAAAUUAAUUCUCAUCACAAGGAGACUUUGCAGUUGAGUGUAAAAGCACCUACCCUACAUUCACAUGACAGGAUUUGUUUUUAGUAAGAUGCAACAAAAAAAAUUCUCAGAAUUUUUUUAGUCUCUGUUUUUGCAAUUUUCUUAUUUAAAACCAGCAUUUGUCACUUUAAUUUUGCUCCCAGUUCUUUUAAAAGUUUAUAUUUUUGUUAAGUGUCCAACCAUGACAUGUAUCUUCCAUUUUUAAUUUAUUUGAGUCUAUUAGUAGUUUGUUACUGCAGUCGUUUUAAUUGUUUUGACGGGUGACUAUGGUUUUAAAAAUGUUUUGUAACUUUCAUUGUACUUUCACACAUUUUCAAUUCUCAUGCAACUUUGAAGUGUUUGCAUUAUACAAUAGAGAUGAUCAAACUUGCAAGAGAACAAAUCAUUUAUUUCAUCAGGGCAUUGUCUGUGAUUCUUGUUUUAUUCGGUGUAUGCCGUCCAGUAAUGAUACAAUUCUUACGUUAUUUUUGAAGGAGUCAGUUCAAGGAAGAUGUGAGUGUUGCAGUUGAACUUAUAGCUAUUUUUUAUGUGAUUAAUUAGCUUGAUUAUCUUUUUUUAGUCAUAAGAUAAGGUAUUAUAUGUUUUAAUGUGAAGACAUUCUCUUGCACUAAUAAGUUUAUUAAUUAAUUUUGCAAUCGAGACUAUACAGCACUGCUUGUGUAAAUAACAAAAUUACCUCAGUUAACGAAAUGAUUUUGUACAAACGAAUAGAAGAAAAAUAUGAACAGCUUGAUAAAAUAUGUAGUAUUUUAUAAAAUCUAUAGUGACUGGAUAGAUAUUUAUAGUGAGAAAGCAGUGCAAAUUUAAAAGAAAAUGAAAUGUUUGUAUUGUCAACAAUAGAUAAAAACAUUUUUUUUUUUUUUGCUCGGGUAGUCAGUGUCCAUUUUAAAAUAUUCUUUGAAAUAAAUUGUGUAAAUUAUUUUGAAUGUCACCAUUAGUCUGUAUAUAAAUGUUGAGUGUCCAUUACUUUUCACCCUUGCUCAAAGUGUACAUUGUUUCAUUCAUUGUAGAUUUUGCAAUAAAUGUAGUCAUGUAGUUGUUAUUUUUGUAAAUAGUGCUAAGUCGCUAGUUUUAUAAUUAAAUUUGUACAUUAUUAAAAAGAAGUUUCAAUUACCAUGUGAUCCUAAUAGAGAGUAAGGGUUCCAGUAGUCACAAUAAAUCUCAGUGACGGCACAGCAUUCUUGCAUGUUU